AGGAAAGGUCCAACGUUAUAUGUCGCGUGAUCGCUCCCCCUCCCCUUCCUCUUUCUUUCUUACGCACGGACCGCAAGACACCAUCUGCGGAUAUGAAUGGCGGGUCCCUAUUGUGAUGAAGAGCAAGCGGUCGAGAGAGACGUCUGAAUGUGCAGCUUUGUCCUCUGCACUUCCGCCCUCUCCCCUCUGUCCCGUCGGUGAACUCGAUGACUCGGCAAUUCGCCACCCACGCUAAUUUCAACCUUGAAAUGUGUCUCCUCUGCGUGCCUACCUUUCCUUCGUCUCUCCUUUGCGCUUUCGCUCCUCCUCCGUCUCGGUAUGGUGGUGGCCGUGCGGAACGUGCAGCAAUGCACGGACGUAUUUGUGUUUCCCGCACCCGAACUGGACCAUCUUGUCGUUUCCGUAAAUUUAACGUAAACACCUGUCCCUUCUUCUUCCCUUCGUACUACGUACACCUGAAGAAAAGGAAACAGAAAGUGUGCUUGUACGACCCUUCACUCCCUGCGAGAGGCACGUCGUCCUUCACCUUAGCUGGCCUUUGUUCGGGUGUGUAUGUGCGUGAACGAUGGACGGCGCUAAAGUCACCGGCAGCGAAGCAGCAGGCAACAACACAGUGACCGGUCAGCUCUAUAAAACGCCUGCGUACUACUCGCACAUUACUGUUACCCCGUUAAGCCACGAGACGGAUCUCGAUGGUGCCAUCCAUUCGCAUAAAGGCCGGGGCUAUGUGGCGUACUUCGCCGAAACCGUGAAGGAGGCGCAGGCCAAACUGGUUGCCGGCCUCCGCGAGGGCGGGGUCGAGGUGGCACACGGCGACGACGCCCAUCUUCUGGGGGUGUGCGGCGUGAACUGCCGCGACAGGGACAGCUGCAUACACACCCUCUCAGGGGGCGACAUACGGGCCCUGUGCAUCGACCACAAAAACGACAUUUUAGGCGCAACGGGAGAGCACUGGACGCGCGUGUUGGUUUGUCUCCAUAACGGCGGAACCACGCUGCACGAUCUCUCGCUGGAGUGCUUUCCCCGAGGUCACACGGAGCUGGUCGUGCGGGUGCACCUCUACUACCCAAACAACGUGCCCUGCGGCAGCGUACACGAUCGACGCGCUCGCCUGGUCACGAAGAAGCAGUUCGUGCCGAAGGACGCACGCAGCUCUCAAGGGCACCACCUUUUGCACCACGCCCGUAUCGGUGCCAGAUGUGGCCCGCCGCCAUGCGAGUCGCUGUUUCCUUCUUCCACCAAAGGAGCCCCGGACCAGGGCUUCACCACGGAGAGCAACUGCACCGCCAUCACCGUGGAGACCGUCUUUGUGCGUGACGCGUCGCGGCGGCAGCAGCCCUUCUACGCCGAGGACACGGAGCAGGCGCGUGUCUACUUCUCCUACCUGCACGCAAGCGAGCUCGUCACGGACGAGCAGCUGUCGGACAACUUCCCUAGCGGACCACUGGACGCGAUUACGAUGCCGGCCUUCACGGAGGACCGCGACAAGGAGAAGUUCAACGUGCUCGUGCGCCUGUACCUGCUCGCGCACGACCAGGGGUGGACCUCCACGCUCACGGACCGCAGUCCCCACCCCCUCAACGACUCGCGGCUGCCGGUGCUCUUCCGCUACGUCACCACCCAGCUGGACGUGGCAGACCGCCGCAACCCGCAGUCGCUGGUGCUGGUGAAGCAGGAGCUGCUGCCGGACGUGGAGUCGCAGGUGGUACGCUUCUGCUUCGGUCGUGUCGUGAGCGACGCCCUGCGCCGACGCAUCAUCGCACGCAGCACACGCGACCCGUCGCACCACGCCCGCGUCGUGUGCUACCUGCCCUACGGCACCAACGUGCCCGCCUUCACGGACGCGCAGAUCGCCGUGCUGGCCGCGCUGUACCCGGCGCUGGGCAUCCGCAAGCCCACCUGCGCCGCGGACUGGUGCGAGCUGAGCCGGUCGCUGCACCAGCACGGCGUACCGCUCCUCGACAUUCUGCAGUCGGUGGGCACGCCGCUGACGGACCGGCACGGCGCCGACAUCGUCACGGACGUCUACGUGCCCUACACGCCGGACAUGGCCGGCACUUACUUCGUGGUCAUCGCCAACCGGCCGCUGCGCGACUACAUCUCCCUGGUCAACCAGCGCUGGCUGCUGGAGGACCUGCUGGGCCGCACCUGCGACUCCGCCACCACGCACACCGCCUUCAGCGCCUGGGUGCGCUACUGGGGCGCGAUAGCGCGGCUGAAGCACGAGCUGGAGGAGCAGAUGAACACUGACACCGUCUCUGCGCACCUGGGCCUGCGGCUGCCGGCUGGUGCGCGAGGGCAGCCGGCGUCGUGUCUCGUGAACGGUCGGGUGACGGACGGCAGCGGCGGACUGGUCUUCGCGGAGCUGUGUGGGCGGCGCUUUGCGGAUGCGAAGCACGUCGGUCACCUGCCCCCCGGGACGGCCGUAGUGUAUCGCUUCCGCUGGGACGGCGACAGGCUCCACUUGAAGUACCUGCCGACACCGUCGGAGCAAGUCGCGGCUCUGCCUCUCCACAUCCCGCACGCAGAGAAGGCGCGGAGACCUGGCGGGAUGCGCGGCGUGUGCGAAGCACCCCCGGCAGUGCAAUCUGCGGAGGACCCCAGCGCUGCUGCGACAUCACCGUUUGAAGACGCAGCUGCAGAGUCGAAUGUGGAAGCCGCGCUAAAGCCGAAGGGAAUCCCGGCGGCUGUGCCGCCCUUCUCGUUGCUGGCGACUCGCCGCGUUGGUGUGGGCAAUUUGGGCUACGGCCUGAUUCUCCGCCACCUCCCUGCGCCGCCGCCAGCCGCGUCUGCAACAACAGGCGGCGGCGGCAGCGUCGAUGGCGAUGACGAUGAGCCGCAGUACCCGGCGACACCCCAGCCGCCAAGUCGCGGCGAUGGGCGAGGCUCGGCUUGGGGGGACGGAGGCCCACUCGGGGGACGAGAUCGUGGCCGCGGCGAUCCCCGCGCCAGCACCGAGCGCAGCGCCCGCGGCCGGCACGUGGACAACGGCGAUAAUGCGCACGAGGGCGUUCAUAGUGCGAAAGCGCCGCCGUUCAGAGACGGAACGCGGCGGGGUCGCAACGGGGCCUCGCCAACGCGGGGUGGUGCCAGCUUCGAUCACGGCGAUCGGCAAAGCUCGGCGCGCGGGCGCGCGGGCGGAUGGCACGCGGCUGGUGUUGCGAACGGCGACAAGGACGACUGGGAACGUGGUGGGGCGUGGCGGCCGUCCAACACCGGUGCGGAUGCAGCUGGUGGCGGUGCUGGAGGCGGUCGGGACGACUGCUUCUACGAUCCCAAUUACGUCCCCAAUGUCUCGAGACAGGCGGUGGGCAACAGAGGCCGCCGUGCGUGGUGA